AGUGUGACGUAAAAGAGAUGAACGUGACUUGUUCUUAAAUAAAAUUAGCAAAGAAAAUAAAUUACUGGUUUAAGUGCCAUUUCUUCAAGAUUUUUUUUUUUGUUCUUAUUGUUAGGAAAUACUUGCAUUAUUUGGUUGAUUGUAUUUGUAUUUUAAUCGAGAAAUUUAUAUUACAUUUAAAGACAAUGACGUUUAGAUAGUUUUUGUGGCGUAAUUCUUAUUGGAAAUGUUGUUUACAAUUUCGUAGUGGGUAAAUAAAAAUCUUAAAACAAUGGAGGUAAAUCCCUUAAAUAUAUUCUUUGUAAAAUCUGACAGUAAAGGAGAUAGACUAUUAUUUAGGUAUCCGUACACAACAGAAACUAAAAAUGAAAGCACCCAGAAGAAAUGUGGUAGGCACAAUCCCUACGCGAUUAACUGUACAGAAGAUCUUCUUCAAAAUCCACAGUCUCAAACUUCAAAUAUAUUCAAAGAUCAAUUGAGCGGCUUCACGGAUGAAAUGCUCUCAACACUGUUUGCUGUAAAGGCAGAAUUGUGUAACCGGAAAUUUGAACUCAAAGUAAAUGAUGUCAGAUUUGUUGGUCACCCCACUCUGCUUCCAUAUAGAACCAACAAAGAUGACACAGCAGCUAUGAUAUUAAUUAAUAUUGUAUUUGCAUUAAGAGCAUCUGCAAGUCACUCAAUAGUUAAAUGUUAUUAUGAUUUGAGUAAAAGAUUGGGUAAAGCUCUGAGACAUGAAGAAAAAAGAUGUUCGUAUUUGACUGAAGAAAUGAAAAUAAUGUUGGCUGCUCAUGAUGAAGUAUCAUCCCUGGAUAGUGAAAUUAAUUCUGGUGAAAAUGAUGAAGAGGAUGAUAAUUUACGAAACUCGGUCAGCUCAACUACUUUUAAUAUGGAAAAUGGUGAUGACGGACCUAAAUCCGCUUUCCACCUCAUAUUACAGAGAAGUUCCCUGGCUAGGUCUAUGAAGUCUGUAUUUGAGCAAUUAAGUAGUACAGGUAUAGUACAAGUCCGUCUGAAUAAACUGGUAUUGCUAUCAUUCUGUCUUCCACAUAAAGCACAUCAAAUUCAUAACAGAGGUCUCAUCAUAGAGCCAGAAACCAUAGACAAAUGCUUACAAAAACUGAGGCCAUACCAUGGUUUAUUAUUACUAGUAAAUCCAAAUGAUCUAUUAGGAUGCAUACCACUUGAUAGCAGCCCCUCAUUGCUGCGGCUGAUUAAACUUUAUAGUCCACUGAAGAGUCUACAAACAUUAGCUAUUGAAACAGAUUUGUCACUAACACAGGUAUUUCAGUUAACAGGCCAUUUGGUGUACUGGGCAAAAGCAACUAUAAUAUAUCCGCUCUGCGAAGGUAACGUUUAUGUGGUAGCACCCGGUGCAAAUAUUCACAUACAUUCGCCCCUCGUCGAAGAGUUUGCAAAGGAAUUCCCUGGACUCUGUCUGUUACAGAUGCUGAGCGAGUUCUCGCUGCCGGCGCCGCUGUGGUACGCGGCGCGCGGCGCGCACUCGGGGCGGCUGCCGCGCGCCGUCACGUGGCUGCUGCGGCGCCGCCUGCUGCUGCAGCUGCACACCUACGUGCAGUUCAACUCGCCGCACUGGCACCGCGCCCCGCACGCGCCCCAAGAUGGAAAAGAAUAUUAUUGCGAGAAACAUGAUAUCUACAAUCAAUCAUGUAGCGUGUCAUACUCCUCGCUGGAUAGAAUGCAAUUGCACGUACCAAAUCCAGUAGACCACAAGGAUGGUUCGAACCAUUUCGCAGACUCUGACGAUGAAUAUCCCACAAUGAACAAUCUAAACCAGACAGAUUUCUCGCACACGAAACCUAUAGUAAUCGACUCGGACCACUCCAAACUGGAUAAAUUCAAUGAAUUGGACUCUGCCAAUCAUUCGUUUGACGAUGGCGUGGAUGUGGUCGACGGUAUAAUCGCUAAUGGUAUUAACGGUUGUGAAUAUGAUGAUGUAGAAAAGAAAAAAAUACAGGGAAACUCUGUUGAUAGCGGCAUAUCUAAUAAUAUCACUGGUACUACCAAUGGUGUUGAAACAAAUGAAAUCAAUGGCCACAAUGAUGUCACUAAUGGCGUAGACAUUAUAGAAGAUAAACCGAAGUGUUUACCGACCAGGCUGUCAGAUUUGUCAUUGAAAGACACUGAAAACGUGUUGAAUACGAGUAGCGACGAUGAUAGAUUCGAAAGUGAUCAAGAUAUUUCGCCGAGACUGAAGAUAAAUGGCGUCAAGAAAAACGGAGUGUCGUUGAAUUUGAAAUUGCAAAGUGAAAUGAGUUUCCAGCAGCCGACCGUGUGGCUAGUGCCGGCCCACUGCGAGGCGGCGUGCGAGGCGUCCCCGCAGCUCGCCGAGGAGUCGCUGCUGCACGCCUUCACCGAGGACGAGCGCGCCGCCCUCGCAGCGCUGCCCGCCGCCAUACUCACUGACGACCUGCUGCUACUGGCGCAGCUGCACAAGAAGGGAUACUUCCGAGGCGAACAGCACCUGGAGGAGAUUAUGUUUAUGGAAAAUGUCAGCAGGUCUCGUCUUAUACAGCUCCUUGACAAAUUCAAGGAUGUUCUCAUCACAUUCGAAACUGAAGAUCCAGCGGUCGCCAUGUUAUAUCCAUACCAGUAGAUAUUAAACGUGCGUUACUCGAAAGUGUAACAUAAAUUCGAAUAGGUUUCUUAAUCUGCGAGUUGAUGUAGACGCAAAAGACUAAAAAUUUGUUGUGUAGUCGCAAAGUUUCAUUAAUUCAGAAUCUAAAAGCCUUAAAAAUCAUUAAUAUAUAACGAGUUUCAAGUUAUUCUCUCAUUUUAAAAUAAUGAAAUUUUAACCGUGAGACUGAUAAACAAUGACGUCAUUGUGCAAAAUGACAGCACAGAAUAACAUGUAAAUGACAGCAUUGACAAUAGGUACGUGAGUUCAUUAGACAAUAUCGAUUCAAAUCGAUUAUGUCAAGAUUGAAUCUCUAUAAAAUCAGCGUUAAAAGUUAGAAUUUUGGAUUAAUCGCGACAUUUUCAAACUCGUCCAAGAGAAAACAUCUGUCAUAUGACUGCGGUCACGUCACAGACCAAAUUGCCGCGUUUUUGCGUCAAAGAUUGAAUUUUAAUAUGUAAACCCAAGAAUUGUUUUGAAAUAUUUUCAACUCCCGGAUUCUAUGCAUUGUGAACCCCAUUGCUAUAAACACUGGAAUUAAAGUCAAAUAAGUUAUCUCUCGAGUUGAAAGUUCUUGAAGCCUUAUAUUGUUUAGGACUAUAAAUAUGUUUUGUUUUGACCUUAACUUUGUAUUUAUAAUAAUAGACUUUUAAAUGUGUACAUUGAAAAAACAAAGGCAAUACAAAACUAUCAAUUCUCCAAACGAUUGCACCUUAAUUUGUUUUAUAUAAAGUUCAAAAUACCACACAAAAGUUUAUUAGGUGUGCUCUCUAUUUGCUUUCUUAUUUAUUAUUAUUCAGUCAACUUAUUAUUGUUUUUUUUUACCAUGAAAAUAUUAUGUGGCUUGCUCUUCCAUCUUUUCAUUUUAUAGAUUUAUGAUAUUUUUCUCAGCUUAGGUUCAACUUAGGUUCAAUUAAUCAGGAUACCAUGUUGAGUCUCUUGAAUCUAUUUGUACAAAGUACCUAAAACCGCAAGUCUCAUAAAUUCUAGUACUACUACAUAGUUCAAAGUAUAAUCAACAUAUAUAAUUUUUUUAUACAGCUCUUAAUAUAUCUUUAUAUUUGUAACAAUUAAGUUGUUCUACUGCCUCGACCGGAGUAAUAUUAUUAUCGUUCAUGGCUCGCCUUAUACUAACCCUCAAUAUUAUCAUGACGUGUGUCUCUCAAUAUUACCAUUACAUGUGUUUACUUUAAAAUUGCUUUGUCUGUACUAGCUGCUAUGAAAUUAUAUUGAAUUUUUGCUUGUUCUAGCGUGCUAUCGUUUUCUAUAUUAUGACAGCAAAUUUACUUUAAUCAUUGUUUACAAACUUUGUUACAUUGUUACUAAACUGUUUUAUUUUACAUAAUUAAUUUACAUGAGUUACAUUGUAAUUGAGAAGUUUCAUGAUGUUGAUAUUAUUAUAUUUAAAACGAUAUAAUAAAAUCGGUCAAAACUAAAUUGAAUUUGAAAACAAAAUUAAAAUUAGUUUAUAAAUGACAAAGUUAUAAAUUUCUUAAACUACAUGUUUUCGCACGCAGCGUCUUAGGCCUCCGACUCGCCUUAACGUCACAGCACCGUACUCGAAAUCGUCGCACUACAUAAUUAAUAGAAGUCUGCAAAAAUAUUCUAAUAAUUGGGCACUCUAGCCUUGUUUUUUAUUUAUUAAUGGGCAUUAAUAGCUAAAAAGCAAAAAACAGCUUGUAGCGAAAUUAUACUAGCGAGCGCUACUUCUAAGUCCCAUAACUUUUUAUUUAUGUUAAUAUUUAAGAAAUAUUUUGAUUAUGCUUAUUUUUUCAUGUUAAAUAUAAAAAAACUUCCUAGUUGCAAUGGUUGGCUGUUCUUAAAAUUAAUUCGAGUUUAGAUGUACCAGUCAUAUAUUUUAAUAUGUAGUAUCAUAUGACCAAUACUUGUUUGCCAUUUAUAUUAAUUGUGUAGGAAAAAUUGCAAUAUUAAUUUUAUCUGCCUUAAAUAUCUUCGCAUAGCUUGAAAUGUAUUUUAAGCCCAAAAGAUGCCUUUAUAUUCAUCGUUUUAUAAGUUAUUUAAUUACAUAAUACCAUUUUAAAUGGCGCGGGUAGAUUCCAUCAAAGACUUAUAAAGUAGCAUGAGUCCCUAUGUAAAUAGUUUUCAUAAAUUUUAUUGUAAUCUAUGAACAAUUGUAAAAAUUUAGCAUUUGUAACGUUUAUAAAUUGAAUCUUAAAUGAUAUAUUUGUUAGUUUGCAACAUGUUUAAGAUAUCAUUGUAUUCUCCUGAUGCUUAUGUAAAUAUCAGACCAGAACACCACCUUACAUAUUUAUUUCUAUUUAAUAAAAACAAAGUGAACUA